AUGGCCAGCUUUCCCACGUUCGAUCCUUCGCGUCUGACGAAGAAGUCCGCCGCGCAAUACUCUUCCGAGUCGGAAGAAGAAGACGAUGAUGACUACCUCGCGCCCGUCACAGACCCAUCCCAAGGCGACGACUUUGGCGACCUGAACCCACGAAAGCGCCGGCGCGUUGGCAACACAAAGGAGAGCGCCGCGCUGGGAAUAUUUGGAUCUGACAGCGAAGACGAUGGUCCCGGACGGCGGUGGAAGAAGAAGACUCUGCGCAGUAAGGGCAUGAGCUUCGUCUCUACGGGCACCACUACCCUCGAUCAAGACAACAAAACAAACGACGCGGACGCCAAGGAAUACUCGGACGACUCGAAUGAAAAUAACGAUGACGAUGACGACGACGAUGAUGAAGCUGAGGUUGGCGGCGUCGGGCUGGGGUUCGGCGGAGCGCAGCGUGGCUUGGGCUUCAAGCCUGCCCGAGCCGAGGAGAGCGACGACGACGACGCUGACGCAGCUAAUGCUCCCGUGCGAUCGUUUGCAAAAACCAAGUUCGAUGGCAAAACCCCCUUCGGUCGCGGUUUCGUACCCUCAUCCGCCAACGUACCCGUCUUGAGACCCGAUGUCCAAGAUGCACCUUCCACGCCAAAGGUGGUCCAUCCCAGUGCCUUCGGUGCCAAGGGCAAGGCAAAGCCCAACCCCAUGUCGUUUGGCGCGCGAAUGAUGGCAAAGAUGGGCUAUAAAGAGGGCGAUGGUCUCGGAAGAGAGGGGCAAGGCCGGAGCGUCAUCAUCGAAGCGCACCUUCGACCGCAAGGCAUUGGUCUAGGUGCGGUAAAGGAGAAGUCGGAGCACGAGAGAAAGGAGGAAAAGCGACAGGCCAAGUUGCGGGGCGAGGAGGUCAUCGAUUCGGAUGAGGAAGAAAAGAAGAGGAAGAGAGAGCGAAAGAAGAAGACGGCCAGCGCAGGCGGCAGCGGCGUCAGCACCCCGAAACGGCAAAAGCCCAAGUACAUGACGGCGGAAGAAAUCAAGAAGUCUGCCCCCGGACUUCACAUUCCAGAGGCUUUCACCCCCAUUCUGGACAUGACAGGACCGGGCAACAAGCUUUUGACGACUGCGCCCGGACUCCUGACCCCGACCUCCUCUGCAGUCGUCGAGUCCCCCGAGGUGGUGGCUGCCCGCAAGUUGGUGAAGAGAGCACACGCUGAUUUGGCAGCUUUCUCGGAGGAGUGGAGGAAUCUGGAAGAGCGCAAGACAUGGGUCGACUUGGAGCUGCGCGAGAGGGAGCAGGAGAUGGCGGACCUCGCCUCGGACCUGGGCAGGCUACAAGUCUUUUCCAACAUCGUCACCAAUGAGCUCCCCUCAGCCACCGAAUGGGAGGACGUCAUCCGCUGCCUGGAGAAAGCAGUUCAACAUAUCGGACCGACGACCGACGAGAUUUCGGAUCUCGCCGUUGCAGCUAUUCACCCUUUCUUCCGCGACCCCGAUUGGAACUUGCUGGAGCAACCGACUCGGUUUGCCACAGAGCUAAAGGGACUGGGAAGCAUCCUCACAAAAUCCGGCGAGGGUCACAAGACCGUUGAUAAGUGGGAGUCGACUGGUCUGAGUGCCAAUGACCUCUAUCGCCAGCACCAAAAGGCGACGACGCCCUACGAGACCAUGAUGUACAAGCUUUGGUACACAAGGGCCGUUUCGGCCGUCCGCGACUGGGAUGUCUUCGACCCUACGCCGCUUCUGGCUGUCCUGGAGGCCUGGUCAGACCUGUUGCCACCGUUCGUUCGUGCGCAGUUUCUCGAUGCCGUUGUCCGCAAUCUGGAAACGGCUGUGACGGAGUGGAACCCGAAGAAGAAAAGGCAGAGCCACAAGCUGCCUCACCUCUGGCUGUUCCCCUGGCUCCAGUACCUACCAUCGUACCACCUGGAGCCCAAAGGCACAGGACUGGUCGCCGAGGUGCGCAGAAAAUACAGGCAGCUGAUUGACGUGUGGGAGUUUGACCGCGGCGUCAUCCCGGGCCUGGAACAGUGGCGCGAUGUGCUCGCCGACCAAUGGCGCCCGCUGAUCAUGAGCCAUGUGUUGCCGGCGAUGGGCCGCUACCUACGCAAGAACUUCAGGGUCGACCCGAGCGACCAGGAACCCUACCUCCCCAUGCUCACAGGCGUGCUCGGGUGGUCCGGCAUCCUGACGCCCAAGGUAAUGGGCGAGGUUAUCGUCACAGAAGUGUUCCCGCUGUGGCACGAGAAGCUGUCCGAAUGGCUUGGCUUGGAAGACGCGAACUUUGAGGAGAUUGGCGCGUGGUUUGAGUGGUGGAGAGACGACGUCCUCCCCGAGGACAUCAAGAACCUGAAAUCAGUCCAGGCGGAAUUCGUCAAGGGCUUUGCCACCAUUGAGCAGGCCUUGUCGGUCUAA